GUUUUCCUGACAUCACUCACGAUAGCUCAUACCUAGACUUUUAAGCCGCUAAAAGCUCUGGUCUGGUAUUCUGAAAACAAUAUGACUUCUUCAAACCUUCCUUAUGCCGCUGAUGCUGAAAGCCCGCUAAAACCAGCGGAGCUUCAGGUCCUGCGCGCGCAGUAUGAAAAGGAAGGCGACUACGUCGGUGUCCAAACCAAGUUCAACUACGCCUGGGGUUUAAUCAAAUCCAACUCUCGAACCGAACAACAAGAAGGUGUCCGUUUACUAUCUGAGAUCUUCCGUGCUCACCCCGAACGACGUCGCGAAUGCCUCUUUUAUCUGGCGCUGGGCAACUACAAACUGGGCAACUAUGGAGAGGCCCGCCGCUACAACGACCUUCUCAUUGACAAGGAACCGGGAAAUCUGCAGGCGGCCAGUCUACGGACCUUGAUCGAUGACAAGGUGUCUCGUGAAGGAAUGGUGGGGAUCGCUAUUGUCGGAGGGCUGGCCCUCGCUGCCGGCGUAGUAGGUGGAAUGCUGUUCCGUGGGCAGCGGCGAUAAGCAAACGGAUAUACUUAGGUGGCGGAGCUGUAUAUACAUGAUGAUGUUGACGAUGAUAUCCGUCUCUCUCCCUCUCUGCUCUCACGCUUCUCUUUGUGUUUGUGCUUUGUUUUAUUUUUUUUUUUU